GCCCCAGGAGACAGGCAAUGAGCGAGAGAAAGCUCCGUAGGGCCCAUGUUUCUUCCAUUAGGGCACCCUGACUGCUGAUUCUUUGCCUCCCGGAACUCGUUGGGGUCCAGGGGCCUUGUCUGAUUCUUGUAUUUGACGCCUCCUCUCCCCCCACCACCUCCACGCCUGGCCCAGCCGUGGGGCGCUGGUGCGCAGGGGGCCCUGGUGACAGGCACUGAGCAGAAACAACCUCGGGGCUCCCAUAGCACCCCACGCUGCCUCUUUAGACAACCCUGAUCCUUCAUGCUCCUUGGGGGUGAAUAAGGCCCCUCCCACCUUUAUCUGUGAGCCAGGCUGUCCCCCAGCACAGGCCUCUGAGGGCCGGGACGUGCUCAGAAACCGCGGCCAGGGUUCCCCCAAGCCGGGCCGGUCUGCACCCAGCCAGCUCAGGUGACCAGGAGGGCGCCGGGCACACCUGGCGCCGUCCCCUGACCCCGCCCCGGGCCCGGCCGCACCCCGGAACGCUCUCCGGGGGAGCCAGCUUGGCGGAGCAAGGCCAUGGCCGCGGCGCCAGCGGUGGGCGCCCCGCAGGGGCCCCCGCCGGGUGUACCGUCCCCGCCGGCCGCCGCGCCAGGGCCUGCGUCCGGCCUGGGCCGCUGCCGGAUGGCGCUGCUGCUGGCCGUGGCGCUGGACGUGGCGGGCAUGGCGGCGCUGCUGACCGGCGUGUUCGCGCAGCUGCAGGUGCGCGGCCGCGACUUCGGCGACCUGCUCAUCUACUCGGGAGCGCUGCUCGUCUUCCUGAGCCUGCUCGGCUGGAUCCUCUGGUACACCGGCAACAUUGAGAUCUCGCGCCAGGAGCUCGAGCGCGACUACGGCCUGCGGCCCUCGGCGCUCGCCCGCCUCGCGCGCAAGCUCUCCCGCCGUUGGUCCGCCCCGGCCUCUUCCUCCGGCCCGCGCGCCGCGCCCGGCUCCCGGGGAGCGCGCCGUGCCGCCCGCGCGCCCCCGCCGCCCGCCGCCAGCUCCCGCCGCGUGCGCCUGCAGCUCGCCACGCUCGAGGCCGGGCCCGGGGCGGCGGGCGCCGGCACCGAGUGAGCCCGAGACGAACCCAUGGCCCCACCUGUUGGCACUGGACCAGGAUGUGCAGCUGUGCCCAAAAUCAUUUGGCCACCAGGAUGCCUAUCAGUCCUCCCCCAAUCUCCCCCCCCCCCAUAAAUGGCUCUGCCUCCUA